AUGAAACGCGGAGAAGCUACUAGCGACAAUGUCGGAGGGGGCAGGGUUAUUGAGUCAAUUGAGCAUCCGUGGCCCAAAAAUGAUAAUGGAGAUUAUGGCAAUGAUGUUGAUCAAGUGACUGAAGACGACGAAUCAGAUAUAUCGGGAUACGCCGAGAAUCCUGUAAUUCUCUACAUGGGUGAAAAUAGUUACGCCGUCCCUCUAUAUGUCGUCGAAUCUGAAAAGGCUUUACUACCGCGCCUACAGACCUUUCAUCAUGGGAGGUUUCAAUUCCGAUUUAUUGAGCUGGAGAGGGUGUACGAGGAUGUCAGGCAAUUUGGUUUCGAAGGGCUAGUGGAAGCAUUGAAGCGCGUGAUAGACCUCGCCAGCGAAGUCUACCCCUUCCAAAUUAUAGAUAUAGUCCUAGAGGGUUGGCACAUACUCAAAUGUGAUGAUAAGUACACCUCGCACCUCGAGGGUACGAUAAUGGGUGUGUUCAGAGAAGAUUCAGAUCUCUUCAAGACAGAUUGGUUUAUGGACUAUUUUAACCUGUAUGUUGGGUCUGACCAGGGGCUUAGGAAGUUCUUGGCCCAGACUAUGGAGCGGGCAUAUUCCCGUAAAUUGUUGGAAUUAAGAAGCCGUGGUGAAGUGGAGAGGGAUGUCAUUGAAGAACCUCCUUGUGAGAAGCAUCUGGCUAAGAGGAGACGUCGCAAGUGA